UUCGUUAAAGAAGGUAAAAAAAGAUUUACGGGGAGGGGAGGGGUUAGAUCUCAGGUGGGCGUUCUGUAUAUAAGGGGUCGAGUGCCUCCAGAUCUCUGAGCAUACAGAAGAUCUGGUUUUUCCUCUCUGCCCUUUCUGUGCUUAGAUCAACAAAAUGGUGAAGAUCUGCUGCCUUGGUGCUGGCUAUGUUGGUGGCCCAACCAUGGCCGUGAUUGCCCUGAAGUGCCCAAAAAUUGAAGUGGUUGUAGUUGAUAUAUCUGUAGCUCGGAUAUCUGCCUGGAAUUCUGAUCAACUUCCGAUCUAUGAGCCAGGCCUUGACGAUGUUGUCAAGAGUUGCAGGGGGAGGAACCUUUUCUUCAGCACUGACAUAGAGAAGCAUAUCUCCGAAGCUGACAUAAUAUUUGUCUCUGUCAAUACACCUACAAAAACCAGAGGUCUUGGAGCUGGCAAGGCAGCUGAUCUCACAUACUGGGAGAGUGCUGCUCGCAUGAUAGCUGAUGUCUCAACAUCUGACAAGAUUGUGGUUGAGAAAUCAACAGUGCCAGUUAAGACUGCAGAAGCAAUCGAGAAGAUCCUCACCCACAAUCGCAAAGGCAUAAACUUUCAGAUCCUCUCAAACCCUGAAUUUCUGGCAGAAGGCACAGCAAUUCAAGAUCUCUUUCAGCCUGACAGGGUGCUGAUUGGUGGGCGGGAGACACCUGAUGGCAGGAAAGCCGUGCAGGCUCUCAAAGAAGUUUAUGCGCACUGGGUCCCUGAAGAUAGGAUCAUCACCACCAAUCUGUGGUCAGCUGAGUUGACUAAGCUGGCUGCCAAUGCCUUCUUGGCACAGAGGAUCUCCUCUACGAAUGCAAUGUCUGCACUUUGUGAAGCCACAGGAGCAGAUAUUACAGAAGUUUCCCAUGCUGUGGGGAAGGAUUCAAGAAUUGGUCCGAAGUUCUUGAAUGCUAGUGUUGGAUUUGGUGGAUCAUGCUUCCAGAAGGACAUCCUGAACCUGGUAUACAUCUGUGAGUGCAACGGCUUGCCUGAGGUUGCUAAUUAUUGGAAGCAGGUCAUCAAGAUCAAUGACUACCAGAAGAGCCGGUUCGUUAACCGGGUAGUUUCGUCCAUGUUCAACACUGUUGCUGGUAAAAAAAUUGCGGUUCUCGGCUUUGCAUUCAAGAAAGACACAGGAGACACCAGGGAGACACCUGCAAUUGAUGUCUGCAAUGGCCUUCUUGGUGACAAGGCAAACGUCAGCAUCUAUGAUCCUCAAGUGACUGAGGAUCAGAUCCAAAGGGACCUUUCCAUGAAGAAAUUUGACUGGGACCAUCCAAUUCAUCUGCAGCCAAGAAGCCCCACUGCCGUCAAGCAGGUGAGUGUUGUGUGGGAUGCAUAUGAAGCAACAAAGGAUGCACAUGCCAUCUGCAUCUUAACUGAGUGGGAUGAGUUCAAGAACCUAGAUUACCAAAAGAUCUAUGAUAACAUGCAGAAGCCUGCAUUCGUGUUUGAUGGCCGAAAUGUUGUUGACACUGAGCACCUGAGGAACAUUGGUUUCAUAGUUUACUCAAUUGGCAAGCCGCUGGAUCCAUGGCUCAAGGACAUGCCUGUUAUGGCAUAGAGUGAAGAAUGGAAGUAGUAGUACACUCUAGGAUGAUAUUCAUUUCAGACAGGGCAUUUGAUUUGCUAUUCUACGCCUCUUUUGGCUAUUGUUUCUCUUUGAGUGUUGCCUCCUCGCGUUCAGCUUUUGCCUGCCUUGCUGCAGUUUCCUUUUCUUUUGUUUCCCAUACAAUGAAAUGACCUUUCAAAGGGUUGCAAUUUAUCAAUUGCACUAGUUUUUCACUAAACAAUGGUAUGAGUAUCUGUUUA